AUGGCCGACCAGCAGUCCCUUCCAUACCGUUCCAAUCCACUCAACCCGACAAUACAACCAGAGCUAUCGUCAUCAUCCACCGUCAAUCCCCUUCAGCCAUCAGAUAGCCUUCCAUCAGUCUAUAAUCAUGAUACUCUAUUUUUUGGUACCAUGAGCCCGAAAGCUAAAGGGAAGAUAAAUUUCUUCAAGAGGAAGGCUUCCAAAGGUCUUGAAAGCACACCAACACGGGUUCAAAAUCACCACACGAAUGCACCUCAGAAAUUUUUGGAGCUGAGACUUGACGAAAUCGAAGGAUUGAAGUUUGCUCUCCGUGCUAACGACCUAAACCAAGAACAAUUCGAAAAUGGAAUGGCCGCUUGUUACGAGAGAAAACUGGCUCUAGAAUUUGAAUGGGCUCUUUGA